UUGAGAUCGAAACUCCCAAGAAUAAUCCUAAUUAGCGUAGGAUUGUGAGAUAGCAUGCUUAUAAAAGGAGCUAGUAAUCGGCCAAUUGGUUAGGAUCAUACCAUCACACAAAUAAACAAACAAACAUCUCAAGAUCGAAUUAGAGUUGAGAGAUAUGUAUAAAGUAGCUCGAGCGUCGGAAUACCUCGUGAUAACGGGAGGAUGGAUCAAGGACAUGAAGCUGACCCGGAAGUCGUGGGUGCUUCCGGGGCAGACUUGCACCCGCAUCGACCUCUCCCCGGUCAACUACACCUUCGAGGUGCAGGCCAUGAGCGCCGAGAAGCUCCCCUUCAUCCUCCCGGCCGUCUUCACCAUCGGGCCGCGUGCAGACGAUCGGGACAGCCUCCUCAAGUACGCGAAGCUGAUGUCGAACCACGACACGACGUCCAACCACGUGAACGAGCUCGUGCAGGGCGUGAUCGAGGGCGAGACGCGGGUCCUCGCGGCGUCCAUGACCAUGGAGGAGAUCUUCCGCGGCACCAAGCAGUUCAAGCAGGAGGUCUUCGACAAGGUCCAGCUCGAGCUCAACCAGUUCGGCCUCCUCAUCUACAACGCCAACGUCAAGCAGCUCGUCGACGUCGCCGGCCACGAGUACUUCUCCUACCUCGGCCAGAAGGUCCAGAUGGAGGCCGCCAACCAGGCCAAGAUCGACGUCGCCGAGGCCAGGAUGAAGGGCGAGGUCGGCGCCAAGCAGAGAGACGGCCAGACUAAACAGAACGCCGCCAAGAUCGACGCCGAGACUAAGAUCGUGUCCACGCAGAGGCACGGCGAGGGGAAGAAACAGGAAAUCAAGGUCGACACCGAAGUCAAGGUGUAUCAGAAUCAACAGGAGGCCGUCGCGGCCGAGGCCUCCGCCCACCUGGCAAAAAAAAAGGCCGGGUGGGCUAAGGAGGCCGAGGUGGCGCAGGUGGAGUCGCGGAAGGCCGUGGCCAUCCGCGAAGCCGAGCUGCAGCGGGAGGUGGAGAGGAUGAACGCGCUCACCACCACGGAGAAGCUCAAGGCCGAUUUUCUCACCAAGGCCAACGUCGACUACGAGACCAAGGCGCAGGAAGCCAAUUCUGAUUUCUACAAGAAGCAGAAGCUCGCGGAGGCGUACCUCUACCAGAAGCAGAAGGAGGCGGAGGCGGUGAAGGCGGCGGCGGAGGCUGAAUUCUACGGGCGCAAGCAGAAGGUCGACGGCGAUCUCUACGCCAAGAGGAAGGAAGCGGAAGGGCUGAUGGCGAUGGCGGAGGCGCAAGGGACGUACAUACGCAGCCUUCUCGGCGCAUUCGGAGGGAACUACGCGGCCAUGAGGGAUUAUUUGAUGAUCAAUGGAGGAGUGUUUCAAGAAAUUGCCAAGACCAACGCUGAGGCCGUGCGCGGCCUCCAGCCUCGCCUCAGCAUCUGGACAAACGGCGGCGACGGCAGCAGCGGCGGCAGCGAUGCGAUGAAAGAAGUUGCUGGGAUGUACAAGAUGUUGCCGCCGUUGAUGAAGACGGUGCAUGAGCAAACCGGGAUGCUUCCACCUUCAUGGAUGGGUAAACUACCACAAUCUGAUCAACAUUCAGUAGCCCCAGCUAGCUGAAUAACUGGGCUCUCUGUUUCUUUAUUUAUUUAUCCAGUUUUAGUUGCUAGAUUUACAUUGUUUUUUUGUUUUUGUUAGUUUAGUUAGUUUUAGUACAGUAUUUUGUUUCAGACUUAUAGUUUUGAUGAAUUUUGCUAUAUAUUUUCUUUGUUUUGUUCUA